AUGGUCGAACAGUGUACUGUCCUGGAGGUCAAAGUUAUAGAAGGCCAUGGAACAACGAUUGAUGUUGUGUUGGUAAACUGUGUACUUCAUGAAGGUGAUCAAAUCGUCGUGUGUGGGUUACAGGGACCUAUAGUCACAACGAUUAGAGCGUUACUGACACCUCAUCCAAUGAAGGAGCUACGGGUGAAGGGUACUUAUGUGCAUCAUAAAGAAAUAAAGGCUGCACAGGGUAUAAAAAUUACAGCGCAGGGUCUUGAACACGCUAUUGCUGGCACUGCUCUGCACGUAACUGAACCUGAUGAUGACAUUGAAGCAAUGAAGGAGCAGGCAAUGGAAGACAUGGAGUCAGUUUUGAGCAGGAUUGACAAAAGCGGUGAAGGAGUUUAUGUACAAGCGUCUACACUAGGGUCACUGGAAGCGUUGCUUGAAUUCUUAAAGUCCCCAGCUGUGAAGAUACUUAUAAGCGGCAUCGGUAUAGGGCUUGUGCAUAAGACGGAUAUCUUUAAUGUUCACCCCAGUACUUUUAAAUUUACGGAAAGAUCUUUAUGAUUUCGCGUUAAACUUUAAAUGUCACUUUUGACUCUAUUAUAUGAAAAUGCAAUAUAUACAAAACUCAGAAAUUAAUCGUGGAGCAAUCCAGGAUUAGUUUUAAUUUUUUUAUUAUACUUUCUAGUAUAUAAGCUAGUAUACGUAUCAAAGUAACGUGAAUCAUAUGUGGUAUAGUGGUUUAUGUGUAUAAUUUUAUCUUGAAUAACUCGG